UGAUUUUAUUUCAGUAUCUUGAUCUCUUCUAAGCUGAUGAUCAUGUAUGACCAAGAUCCCGAUGUUCUUCGAUGGGGUCUUCAUCUUCUUCAAGGUGAUUUCUUAAAUAGUGCAUAUGGCGAGGGAACAAUUCGCAGUGAUGCCAACAUUUACCAAGCGGCGUACAGCACUCAAUGCAAUGUUGCUCUUGAUUGCUCUAAUUUUGAAAAUGAUGAAAUUAUUGCUCAUGCUCUUCAAGAAGAACUUUCACAAGUCGCUCUUGCUGAAGCACGCGGAACAUCUCCUGCAGGCGAAGAACAUCUGCAAGCAUCUGUUCUUGCUCAAGCUUGGCUUGGUCCGGCGGCGAGAGAUUCAACUUCAGGUGCGGAGAUAAGCUGAAAGUUUUAGUGCCUC